CAAGAGGGAAGAAAGAGAAUGUAUUACUGGACGGUCACUAGUGGGGAUUAUUAUGGGAUGUUUGGGAAGGGGGUAGUGGGCGCUGCUUGAGCAUCUGAAUCGCUGGCCAUGGCUUCGGGCAUCGGGUCGCCAUCGCCGUGCUCCGCCGGCAGUGACGAGGAGGAAAUGGAGAUUCUGAUGAACAACAGCAUCCACCAGCACCAAGGUACCCCACAGGAACCCGAAGAAGAGCCAGAGGAAGAGCUGUUAUCCGAGGCAGAGAUGCCAAAAAUUAAGAAGAAGAAAAAGCCCAAGAAACUGAAGGAACCCAAAGUGCCCAAGCUCAGUAAGCGCCAGAAAAAAGAGCUUGGUGACAGUUCCGGUGAAGGGAAUGAGUUUGUGGAGGAGGAAGAGGAGGUGCUGCUGCGCUCAGACAGUGAAGGAAGCGACUACACUCCCGGCAAGAAGAAGAAGAAGAAACUGGGGCCCAAGAAGGAGAAGAAGAGCAAGGCUAAGCGCAAGGAGGAAGAGGAAGAAGAGGAGGAGGACAACGAUUCCAAGGAGCCCAAGUCUUCUGCUCAGCUCCUUGAGGACUGGGGCAUGGAGGAUAUCGACCACGUUUUCACAGAAGAGGAUUACCGCACUCUCACCAACUACAAAGCCUUCAGCCAGUUCGUCAGACCGCUUAUUGCUGCCAAGAACCCCAAAAUUGCUGUCUCAAAAAUGAUGAUGGUGCUCGGGGCCAAGUGGCGAGAGUUCAGCACCAACAACCCUUUCAAAGGGAGCUCUGGAGCGUCGGUGGCGGCAGCGGCUGCAGCUGCAGUAGCCGUGGUAGAGAGCAUGGUGGCGAACGUGGAUACGGUCCUGCCUCAGCCCCCCGUGGAAGUGCCUCUCCGAAAGGCCAAGACCAAGGAGGGCAAAGGUCCCAACGCCCGGAAGAAACCCAAGCCCAGCCCUCGCGUCCCGGAGAUCAAAAAGCCCAAAACCAAGAAGGUGGCUCCCUUGAAAAUCAAGCUGGGAGGAUUUGGCUCCAAGCGUAAAAGAUCGUCUAGCGAGGAGGACGACCUGGAUGUUGAGUCAGACUUUGAUGACGCCAGCAUCAACAGCUACUCUGUGUCUGACGGGUCCACCAGCCGUAGCAGCCGCAGUCGCAAGAAAAUGAGAGCAGGGAAGAAGAAAAAGAAAGGAGAAGAGGAUUCUGCUGCCACCGUUGACGGAUACGAAACAGACCACCAGGACUACUGUGAGGUGUGCCAACAGGGGGGAGAGAUCAUCCUGUGUGACACUUGCCCUCGUGCCUACCAUAUGGUUUGUCUGGAUCCAGAUAUGGAGAAAGCGCCAGAGGGCAAGUGGAGCUGCCCGCACUGUGAGAAAGAGGGCAUCCAGUGGGAAGCAAAGGAGGACAACUCCGAGGGCGAGGAAGCCAUGGAGGACGUGGUGGGGGACGCCGAGGAGGAGGAGGACGACCACCACAUGGAGUUCUGCCGCGUCUGCAAAGACGGAGGGGAGCUGCUCUGCUGCGACGCCUGCCCUUCUUCCUACCACAUCCACUGCCUGAACCCCCCCCUGCCAGAGAUCCCCAACGGAGAGUGGCUUUGCCCCCGCUGCACGUGCCCACCUAUGAAGGGCAAGGUGCAGAAGAUCUUGACUUGGAAAUGGGGGCAGCCCCCUCUACCCACACCCGUGCCACGGCCAGCUGAUGCAGAUCCAAACGCUCCUUCUCCGAAGCCCCUGGAGGGAAGACCGGAGCGACAGUUCUUUGUCAAAUGGCAGGGCAUGUCCUACUGGCAUUGUUCGUGGGUGUCUGAACUACAGCUGGAGCUGCAUUGCCAGGUCAUGUUUCGCAAUUACCAACGCAAGAACGAUAUGGAUGAGCCCCCCGCAGGUGAUUUCGGGGGAGAGGAAGAGAAGAGCCGCAAGCGCAAGAACAAGGACCCCACCUUUGCAGAGAUGGAGGAGCGCUUUUACCGCUACGGGAUCAAGCCAGAGUGGAUGAUGAUCCAUCGGAUUCUCAACCACAGUGUGGAUAAGAAGGGGAACGUUCACUACCUGAUCAAGUGGAGGGACCUUCCCUAUGACCAGGCCUCUUGGGAAAAUGAGGAGGCAGAAAUUCAGGAUUAUGACAUCUACAAGCAGGGAUAUUGGAACCACAGGGAGUUAAUGAGGGGUGAAGAAGGAAGACCCGGCAAGAAGAUAAAGAAAGUGAAGUUGCGGAAACUGGAGAGGCCCCCAGAAACGCCAACUGUAGAUCCGACAGUGAAGUACGACAGGCAGCCCGAUUACCUGGACGUGACCGGAGGAACCUUGCAUCCGUACCAGCUGGAGGGUCUGAACUGGCUGCGAUUCUCCUGGGCCCAGGGCACGGACACCAUUCUGGCUGACGAAAUGGGCCUGGGGAAGACUGUCCAGACGGCCGUGUUCCUGUAUUCGCUGUACAAAGAGGGACACUCUAAAGGACCAUUCUUAGUAAGUGCCCCGUUGUCCACCAUCAUCAACUGGGAAAGAGAGUUUGAGAUGUGGGCCCCCGAUAUGUACGUGGUGACCUACGUCGGGGACAAAGACAGCCGGGCCAUCAUCCGUGAGAACGAGUUCUCCUUUGAGGACAAUGCCAUCCGUGGAGGAAAGAAGGCUUCCAGGAUGAAGAAAGAGGCGUCUGUGAAGUUCCAUGUGUUGCUCACUUCCUACGAGCUGGUCACGAUCGAUAUGGCCAUUCUGGGCUCCAUUGACUGGGCCUGCCUCAUAGUGGAUGAAGCGCACAGAUUGAAGAAUAACCAGUCCAAGUUUUUCCGGGUUCUGAACGGCUACUCUCUUCAACACAAGCUGCUGCUCACGGGGACCCCUUUGCAGAACAACCUGGAGGAACUGUUCCACUUGCUAAACUUUCUGACGCCGGAAAGAUUUCACAACUUGGAGGGCUUUCUGGAGGAGUUUGCAGACAUUGCCAAGGAGGAUCAGAUCAAGAAGCUUCACGACAUGCUGGGCCCGCACAUGCUGCGGCGCCUCAAGGCCGACGUCUUCAAGAACAUGCCUUCCAAGACGGAGCUGAUUGUCAGAGUGGAGCUGAGCCCUAUGCAAAAGAAGUACUACAAAUACAUCCUGACAAGGAACUUCGAGGCGCUGAAUGCCCGGGGGGGCGGCAAUCAAGUGUCUCUUCUCAAUGUGGUCAUGGACCUGAAGAAGUGCUGUAACCACCCCUAUCUCUUCCCUGUGGCUGCCAUGGAAGCACCAAAGAUGCCCAACGGGAUGUAUGACGGGAGCGCGCUAAUCCGGGCCUCUGGAAAGCUGUUCCUGCUCCAGAAGAUGCUGAAGAACCUCAAGGAGGGAGGCCACAGAGUGCUGAUCUUUUCCCAGAUGACUAAGAUGUUGGACCUUUUAGAGGACUUCCUGGAGCACGAAGGCUACAAAUACGAAAGGAUUGAUGGCGGGAUCACUGGAAAUAUGCGCCAGGAGGCCAUCGAUCGUUUCAACGCGCCUGGAGCUCCGCAGUUCUGUUUCCUGCUUUCCACCAGAGCAGGGGGUCUCGGCAUCAACCUUGCCACGGCAGACACUGUGAUCAUCUACGACUCUGACUGGAAUCCACACAAUGACAUCCAGGCUUUCAGUCGUGCUCAUCGAAUCGGGCAAAACAGGAAGGUGAUGAUCUACCGCUUUGUGACGCGAGCCUCCGUGGAAGAGCGCAUCACACAGGUGGCCAAGAAGAAGAUGAUGCUGACCCAUCUGGUUGUGAGGCCGGGGUUGGGCUCAAAGACAGGCUCGAUGUCCAAACAAGAGCUGGACGACAUCCUCAAGUUCGGCACUGAAGAGCUUUUCAAAGACGAGGCCACUGACGGUGGCAAGAACCUGCGCAACGUGGCGCAAAGUGAUAACAAGGAAGGUGAGGACAGCAGUGUCAUCCAUUACGACGACAAGGCCAUCGAACGCCUGCUGGACCGGAACCAAGACGAGACGGAGGAUGCCGAGCUGCAGGGCAUGAACGAGUACCUGAGCUCCUUCAAGGUGGCGCAGUACGUGGUGCGCGAAGAGGAGAUGGGCGAGGAAGAGGAGGUGGAGCGGGAGAUCAUCAAGCAAGAAGAGUCGGUGGAUCCGGACUACUGGGAGAAGCUGCUGCGUCACCAUUACGAGCAGCAGCAGGAAGAUCUGGCUCGGAACUUGGGGAAGGGCAAGCGCAUCCGCAAGCAGGUCAACUACAACGACGGUUCCCAGGAGGACAGAGACUGGCAGGACGACCAGUCGGAUAAUCAGUCGGAUUACUCCGUGGCCUCCGAGGAAGGCGAUGAAGACUUCGACGAGAGGUCGGAAGCUGCCCGCCGGCCCAGCCGCAAGGGCCUCAGGAACGACAAAGACAAGCCGCUCCCCCCGCUGCUCGCCCGCGUGGGAGGCAACAUUGAGGUCCUUGGCUUCAAUGCCCGCCAGCGGAAGGCCUUCCUUAAUGCCAUCAUGCGCUACGGGAUGCCCCCUCAGGAUGCCUUUACCACCCAGUGGCUGGUGCGGGACCUCCGCGGGAAGUCGGAAAAGGAGUUCAAGGCCUAUGUCUCUCUCUUCAUGCGCCACUUGUGUGAGCCAGGAGCUGAUGGUGCAGAGACAUUUGCAGACGGGGUCCCUCGUGAGGGCCUGUCCCGGCAACACGUCCUCACGCGAAUAGGGGUCAUGUCUCUCAUACGCAAGAAGGUGCAAGAGUUUGAACACGUGAACGGUCGCUGGAGUAUGCCGGAACUGGCAGAAAUAGAAGAGAACAAGAAGCUUUUGCAGCCUAGUUCACCUUCCCCCAAAACCCCAACUCCCUCCACGCCAGGAGACACGCAGCCUAAUACCCCGGCCCCUGUGCCACCAGUUGAAGAGGCUGCAGUAAAGGUGGAAGAGGGAGCCAGCGCCAAGGAGCAGGGGGAGCCGGCGGAGCCAGAGAAGGAGACCAGUCCUCCUGCCACUACAGCUGCUGCUGCAGCUGAAAAUGAAGUCCCCAUGGAGCAGGACCCUCCUCCAACAGAGACCCACGCCCCGGAGGUUAAAUCCCCUGUGAAUGCUGUGGAAAUGGAAGAUAAGAAGCCAGAUGAUCCGGUGGUGAAGGAGGAGCCCAUGGAAACAGAUAACAAAGCUGAUGUAGAGAAGGUGGAAGAGAAGACCCCCGCAGAGCCCCCCAGUGAGCCCCCAACCAUCAACCUAGAUGAGAAAGAAGAGAAGAAAGAGGAGGAAAAGAAGGACGUGGUGAUGCUGCAGAACGGGGAGACGCUGAAAGACCCACCUGAGGACCGCCACAAGAAAGCCCUGAAGCAGCGGUUCAUGUUCAACAUUGCAGAUGGGGGCUUUACAGGUACCGGCUUUACAGGAACGUCGCCGCUGCCUGCCGGGGUUGAUGGGUGUGGGCGACAGGACCCUCCUCCAACAGAGACCCACGCCCCGGAGGUUAAAUCCCCUGUGAAUGCUGUGGAAAUGGAAGAUAAGAAGCCAGAUGAUCCGGUGGUGAAGGAGGAGCCCAUGGAAACAGAUAACAAAGCUGAUGUAGAGAAGGUGGAAGAGAAGACCCCCGCAGAGCCCCCCAGUGAGCCCCCAACCAUCAACCUAGAUGAGAAAGAAGAGAAGAAAGAGGAGGAAAAGAAGGACGUGGUGAUGCUGCAGAACGGGGAGACGCUGAAAGACCCACCUGAGGACCGCCACAAGAAAGCCCUGAAGCAGCGGUUCAUGUUCAACAUUGCAGACGGGGGCUUUACAGAGUUACACUCCCUGUGGCAAAACGAAGAGCGAGCCGCUACCGUCACAAAGAAGACCUACGAGAUCUGGCACCGGCGCCGGGAGGGAUGGCUGCAGAGCAAACUAAUCCACGGUUACGCUCGCUGGCAAGACAUCCAGAACGACCCUCGUUACGCCAUCCUCAACGAACCUUUCAAGGGUGAAAUGAACAGGGGCAACUUCCUGGAGAUCAAGAACAAAUUCUUGGCCAGGAGAUUUAAGCUGAGGCUGAUUCAGAUCCGUGUCCUGUGUGGGACCCGAAGCCACCUCAGCUUCUACUUGGGGACAGAACCUUUUGAAGAUGAGAAGGCUACAGAGAAUGUAGCCGGGGACAGGCUUUUUCCCCCAGGACAGUUUCCCCCCAAGCUUCUGACUGUGGCUGUAGCAACGCCUCCUGUCCAACAGGGCUGUGAUGACCAGUCUCACGAGAAGACACUCUUGGCUGGAAUUGGAAGUCCUGUGGUCCUCCAGGAUGUGCUGAAGCAGCUGGAGGAGUUGCUGAGCGACAUGAAGGCCGACGUGACGCGGCUGCCCGCCACGAUUGCCCGCAUCCCCCCCGUGGCUGUGCGCCUCCAGAUGUCGGAGCGCAACAUCCUCAGCCGCUUGGCAAACCGUAGCAGCGAGCCUCCUCCUCCGCCGCCUCCCCAGCAGGUGGCUCAGCAACAAUGAGAUAUGUGCACCGUGCUGCCGCCGACCCCGUGAUUCAGCUCAAGUGACAGACACCACGCGCCCUUGUUCUGAAUUCUGCCCCCUCCUCUCCCUUCCCCUCCCGCCUGGCAGUCCCGACCAGACGAUGUCCCUCUCUGUGAGGGGGGGGCAUGGUUGGCAAAAGGAGGACACACGCUUCUCCCCCCUUGCCCUAAGCUGCCAGGCGCACUUGGAUGGCAUCGGGGCGAGGGUGUGGAGGGGAAGCACCGGACGGACUCUGUACAUAGUGACUGGAGGCUGCCAGCGCCCACGCGGAGACCUGGCUGCAACGCUCACCACCUUGGCCCCACUCGUCCUAGAUUUUAAUUUUAUUUUGAGUUUGUUUACCAAGAUGAGCGCAAGCAAACGUCAGGACAGACACAGCUACCUCCAUCAAGAUCCUUUUAAUAAAAAAACAAAAACAAAAACAAAAAAACCUGACUGGACUUGUCCUCCGAAACAGCUGGAAAAAAAAAGACAAAAA